AUUAUUAGCCAUUUUGCGAUAGAUCAUAUCGAUCGCUCGAAUAUUAUCGAGGAGUGUAGCUACUUACCCGCCAAACUUCGGAACGUUCGUUCGCGCAAGUGCAAUUCGCGGUGGGAGAUCUCUCGUAUCAUCUGGGGGGGUUUAAAGUAGUGGGGAAUCUUCGAAAGCGCGGAUUAAACGCGAAGCAGCUAGACUAUCACCGCGUAUAUACCGGUACUAUUGGCAUGUUCCGACAAAUACGCGUUUUGAGCUCAUAUGAGCAUUACGUACUGAUUAAACGUUUCAUUUUCGAUGAUUUGCGAGUGUACCGCCAGAGCACGCGAUUAACUAAAUGGCUUACAUAACUUGCGCGGUAACGUUAAUUAUUUCGAAUAAAUCGCAUACAUUUUAUUUUUCAUAUCGUGAGUAUCAUUUCAAUAAAUCCGAAUUGAUGACAAUCUUUAAUAACCGCGUGAAUACGAUCAGUGAAAGUCACCCUUAUUGGAGUUUGGCACUCUUUCGUUUCUUCUCAUGAAUACGAAAUAGAGUUGCCGGUUCUUGGCUCGCUCAAUCGGCAGUUAUGUGUUUUUUAAUUUUUCGUUGAAAUCUACAAUAAAAACCAUGUGCAGUGCUAAAUAAUAAUUAAACAUCAAAGUUAUUUUCUAGAAGUAAUUCAACAAGAUGAAUUUUAAAUAAUAAAAUGUGUUGCAUAUGAAUUUAAACGUGGCGGUGACCUAGAACAAUUCAAAGUGGUAACUUUAUCAUCGGAGUAGACAAAUCUCGCAACUGUGCCAAGAAAAAACCAAGUGGGGAUUAAGAAAUGCGAUCAUUGUUCGUUCAGAUUGUUGUGUGACAAUGAGUUACGUUUGGAUUAUGAUUAUGAAAUUCGCGCCACGAAACAAAAUUUUUUUAAUUAUCAUGAAUAUAUUUAUUUUAUAUUUCAACAAAUUAUAUUCGUCUAUAAAAUUUCUAAAGUUUCAGUUAAAAUGAAAAAAAAAAUUGAAAAAAGAAUUUGAUAAUAUAACAAAAAUAUGAAAAAUAACAAAGAGAAAAUCACGUGUAGUAACGAUUGUUAUCGGCAAUAAUAGACAAAAGUCGUUAUUGAAUUAUCUGGUGAAAUUUCAUUUCUGCGAUUGUUCUAGUUCGUGCUCGAAGACGUGCCAAUGGUUAAGCAUUCCAUCUAUAAAACGCGUAGUUCACGUUUGCUGUGGAGUUGACGCACUGCCCGCGAUCGUUGCAUGAUAUCUCAUGUUUUUUGGAACACGCGGUCGUGUGUGUGUUCCAGUCUCGCGUCUCGUGCACGAAUUUUACAGUGACCUUUAACGGACAUAUAUUGAAUCAAGCGUGUGCCGAAAGUGCGGUAAAGUAAAAACGAAGUGUUGUGGUUUAUCACACGUGAAGAUGGAGGAUACAGAAGCCAAAAUCAUACCGGGAAUCAGCAUGUCCGUACUCGUACUCAUGAGCACGCUGUUUCUUGGCGGUGUGGUCCUUGUAAUCGGUUACAUUGUUAGCCGGUUGUCACAGUCCAAUAAAUCUUCAGAUUCAACGAAAAAUGUCACUGAAUCGGAUAAAGUAAAGUUCGAAGAACCAAGAGAUUCGGCGAGCGGGUCGAUUGGGGCGGGCGGUGGUGGCAACAAACGUGCUAAAAACAAGAAGAGACGCGAAACGCAACAAGAGUUCACGCAUUCCUGGGUGGUUGGCGCGCUGAAAGGGCACACGGGCCCUGUCCUCGAUAUGAAUUUCUCCAGUAAUGGGAAAUUCAUUGCAUCUUGUGCUGAAGAUUGCGGGCUGCGGCCGGAAGAGGAGGUCCUGGAUCCCGGGGAAACGGAGUGCUAUAAGAAUCGCGAGAUGUCUACGUCGGCGAAGACUGCGACGAGGGGGAAGAGUAAUAAGAUAACGGGCGCGCAAUCGGCCCAACCUGCGUCCAAUAUGACGUCUUCGUCGCCUUCCGCGAAAGAGGAUCGCACCAUUCUGAGCAGGAGGCAGAGGAAGAACCGGACGAGGAACCCGCGGGAUCCCCAGCGGCGGGAGCAGGAGGACGAGCAGAGGGGGGUGCAGGAGGACGAGGAGCAGCGACCCGCCGAUCCCUCGAUACCGGCUCAUCAUCACCAUCAUCAUUAUCAUCACCAUUACCAUCACCAGAUGAUGAUGAUGAACUCGGCCCCCGAAUGGAGGGGCGAGGGGCAGCCGGCGGUGGGCAGCGGCCAUCCCCACACGAACGAGAACGGCAGCGGAGUGACGAGCCACGGAGCAGCAACGGCCACGUUCUGGGGGGCAGCGGGCUACAACAGGAGAUACUGCGAUUUUUUGAGCAACGAGAGGAGGCAAUUGAGCCAAUUCACCGACGCCACCUUGUCGUCCAUACUUCGCACCUACACCCUCACCGGGGACCAACUCGCUCAUCUCGGCUACCCGGUCGAGUGCGGCUAUUAUCCUGGAUACGCGGUGUUCAUCAAUAACCCGCACCCGAUAGGCCACCGUAUAUUGAGGUACCAUCGUUUGGACGCGAACGCGCAGGAAUUCGUGCCCGGGUCCAACCAACAGUGGACGACCGCGAUGGUCGAGAGCGAAGGGGACAGCGGUAACUCGAGCGGUAGCUCGGUGGAGAACUCGGACUUCGAGCAGGAGGUGACCUCGUCGGACAGCUCUGACAUCGGGGAAUAUUCGUCCUCGUCGUCCUCGUGCACCGAGUCGAACUUGUUCGAUUGCCACAAUUACCAGAGGAGCAGAAGAUACUCGAACGUGGAUGAUUGUUCGGUGAACGAGCCGAUGGCGAUCGAGCGGAAGUGCGCGAGAUGUCAUAAAAGUUUUUACGUGAACAGGGAGAACGGUGAAUACGUUGACGAGGAGAAGUGUGUCCACCAUUGGGGCAAGUUGCGAAGUGGUUUGGGAGGCGCCCACGUCGAUUUGUGGGAUUGUUGUCGGGGCCGUGAAAUGUCCCGGGGCUGUACCAUCGUCGGGUUCCACGUGUGGACCGGCGCGGUCCCGGGAUACAACGGCCCCUUCGACAACUACGUACGCACGAAAUUGGGAACGGUGCCGCCCGACGGUAAUUACGGUGUUUACGGCCUCGACUGCGAGAUGUGCUUCACUCGGCGCGGCCUCGAGGUGGUCAAAGUUACCGUGGUCGAUUUGGACGGUAGAGUUGUUUACGACACAUUUGUGAAACCUGACGUCGAGAUAAUUGACUACAACACGAGAUUCAGCGGUAUUACGGCGCGCGAUCUCGAAAACACGACUAAACGGUUGUGCGACGUGCAGCAGGAUCUCUUAAGCUUCAUAUUCGCCGAGACGAUACUGAUCGGCCAUGGGAUGGAGAACGAUUUGCGCGCAUUGAAGUUGUUGCACACGACCGUGAUCGACACGUGCGUCGCGUUCCCCCACUUCCUCGGUUACCCGUUCCGUUCGAGUUUGAAAACGUUAGCGAGGACGGUGUUGCGAAGGGACAUACAAGUAUUGGAACACGAUUCCGUCGAGGAUUCCAGGAUAGUUGUUGACCUUAUGUUGAGAAGGGUGAAACACGAUUACCUAGAUAGUUAAUGUACAAAAAG